AGGGAGAGGCCCAGACACACACUUGGGAUCCAUCCCAACUCCCCCAUGUGCACCUGGAACCUCACCUGCUUCAGUCCACUCCUCCAGAGAACAAAUGACCUCCCAAGGUCCAAAGUUCUGCGAACAGGGAUCAUGUGACAAUACCGAGAAAUACUUCCUGCAAUCAGUCCCAUUCACUUGUGAUAACUGGGAAGAUGUCACUUAGAACUAGAGAAGGUAAUUACAAAGGCCGUUUUGAAAAGAAGUUGAUUCAGUUUUUGUACAAGUUGAGUUUUAAUACGUCGGUGGGAUUAUAUACCUAGUAAUAAGAAAUACAAAACUGGAGCCCCGAAGAUGUAAGUCAUGUUGAAAGUUAGUGGAGAAAGCUCUGGGCCCGGAGAGAGUAAGACCUCAUGAAAAUAAACAUUUCUUCUCUAUGUCUAGCUUUUAUUAUCUCAAAUUCAAUAUAUCUAAAAUGAUAUUUACUAUAUUUUCCUCAAAAAAUCACCACUGUGCCAAAUUUUCCUAUUUCUGCUCAUCUUAAAGAUCUGUGUGGGUAUCACAAGCCCUAAUCAAACUAUAGGCUUCCAGAGGACAGGACUCCUAAGAGAACUCCUUCAAAAGCAUGGUACUUAUCUCCUAUUAAUGCUCCAUUUUAAAGGCUUCUCUGGGUGCCUCAAACCCUAAUCAAACUCUCAAAUCUUGCCUCAAUUUUAUGUAAACUUUGCGUGACCAUAUACACAUCAGCUCCUCUGGCAUCGUUUCAGGGUAGGGCGUGGUCAGACCAAAGAUCAUAGGGUCUGUGGAAGGGGAGGGAAGUCAGCAUUCCGUAGUCGCGUGGUUAUCGGCCCCGCCCUUCCUUCCUUGCAUGUGCUCGCCCCCUGGCGAAACUCCCUAAGUGGCUUCGCGUGGGCCACUAGGGAUGACCCGGAUGCACUCCAGGCCACUCCCGCCCACUUUUAACAUGGCGGACCUCAACCGACAGCUGCAGGAAUACUUGGCCCAGUCGAAAAGUGCCGGCUCGGCGGAUAAUAUUCCCCUGAUACCCGCCGAGGGAAAGGAGGCAGCGGAAACCGGGCGGACGUCUUCGGUGGGAGUCUGGCUGGGCCGAGUGAACCCAUUCCCAACCCGGGGUGGCCUAGGAUGGUCUUGGCUACGGGGCCCGGCACUGCCUCCUGAAAAUCCGGAGCCGGGCCCAGGCCCCCCGUGCCUGCCGAGCCUGUCGCGCUGGCAGCGCCUGACGGCGAGCGGUGUGUGCCUGGUGUUGGCGGCGCUCUGCUUCGGGCUGGCCGCGCUUUACGCGCCGAUGCUGCUGCUCCGCGCUCGUAAGUUCGCCCUGCUCUGGUCGCUGGGCUCCGUGUUCGCGCUGGCUGCCGCUGCUCUGCUGCGCGGGGGUCCCGCCUGCCUCCGGCUGCUGCGCUGCGAGGAGCGGCCGUCGCGGGGCUCGCUGCUCUACCUGGCGGCGUUGAGCGGCACUCUGUAUGCGGCUGUAGUGCUGCGCAGCACGGCACUCACAGCGUUGGGUGCCGCCUCUCAGGUGGGCGCGUUGCUGGCGGCGCUGCUCGGCCUGCUCCCCUGGGGCAGCGGUCCAGCCCUCCGCUACGCGCUCGGGAGCUUGUGCGGCGGCCUGACCCGAACCCUGCCCGUGUGAGCCACCUGGCCAGCUAAGCGCCCCCGGGACGGACUCCAAGACUGCGGCAAUACGAGGCCGCGGAGGCCCCUGGAAGUGAGGCCUGGCCUAGAACUGCGGGCCUCGCGAUGCUCAGGAGGAACCCCGCAUGGGGCGGGGGUCACGGCGUCCAAGAUUCAAGAGCCUGGAAGCCAAGGGACCAGUUGUCCCCGUUCUGUAGGACCUUGCUGGUGCCUGUGAGAUAGUGGCAGUCAGAAACCACACUUGUCGAUGUCGGCACCAUUCUGAUGUGAAUAAAUGGCUUGUGAAUUAACCACGAA